GAGACGGCCCGGGGGGCGGUGAGAGACCUCUCCCGCCGGCAUGGCGCACUAUAUCACCCGUAGAGGCCUCUUUAUAGUCGCCUUUUGGCACCUCCUCUCUCCACUUCCCUGCCCCGUCGCCCUCCUGAGCUCUCCCUCCUUCGCUCCAGCCAUGCACAGGACAGCUGGGCCAUUGGCCCGCGUGCCAGGCGUCCGGGACGGCCGGGUAUCGGCUCCGUACUUUGAGCCCUCUUGGGCCACCCUCGCGUCCACCGGCCGGCAGAGCACCGCUUGGGCGACUCAGACGGCCCGCCCGACCAGCGCGUUCGAUCGUGCCGCCCCCACAGCGUCAGUGGCGUGCGUGGGGUGGCAGGCGGCGUCAGCGCAGCCCCUCGUGGGGGUGCCCACCGCUCUCCUCUCACCGCUCCCCCCCGCCCGUGGCACCCCACACACUCGUCCCUCCUCAGGGGCGCAAGGCGGCACGGCACGUUCAGCGCUUGCCUCGGCCCACCUCGCCUUCACGCCCGCCACCGCGACCAAGGAGGUGGCCUCGGCGGCCCAGAUGAAGCCCGUGCGGCUCGUUUGGGAGCCGCAUGCCGUCCCUCUCUCGCCGGCGCUGCUCACCACGACCAAGCCUACGCCGAGGAACCCGUCGCGCCCGUCGCUCACGAGCUGGUGGCUCGCAUCGACCGAGCCGUCCAGCUUUCUCACGCCCUGCCCACGAUCAAAUUCGAGACGACCAACAUCCGACCACAAAAAAGGCCCGCGCGUGCUGCGCGGGCCGGCGAGCGACUAGCGAGCCAACCUGCUAGUAUGGUGUAAAGGCCAAGCGA